GGCAGGGUUGAAGGAGCCGGGCAGGGCUGAGGCUGUGAGGGUGCCGGGCAGGACUUGAGGGCGGGAGGAGCGUGAGGGGCCAGGCAGGGUCGAGGAUGUGAAGGGGCCAGGCUGGGCAGGGCUGAGCCGAGCCGAGCCGAGCUGAGUGAGGGGCCAGGCAAGGCUGAAGGGGCUGGGCAGGUCUUGAGGGGCGUGAGGGGGCCGAACGCGGCUCCUGCGCCUUUGUGGCGCUGUCCCCGCCGCUGUGUGUUUUGUCGCGCUGUGUCGCGGCGUGGUGGCGGAGCAGCUCAUCCCGCUGCUCUUCUCAUCCAGACACGGCUCCGUCCUGUGGGCUCUGCCGCCGCCUCCCUCCCGAGAUCCCGCUGCUUUGGGGUCACUGCUGCCAGCUGUCGUUAGUCUUUAAUGAAUUAAGAGCUCUCUAAGAUUAGACACGAGGGUUUUUUUUCUCCUGUAGGCUCUGAGUGCAGAGGGCUGUGGCAAUUGCCGGUGAAAAAUCCUUUUUAUUCUUGACCAAGGUGGCUGUAGCUCUCAGGGGAAAGACCCUUCAGGUGGGCUUUCGGUUCUACAAAAGCCUCUCCCAGGCUGGCUCCAGGCAUCAGAGGAAGGAGAACACGGUGUUAUUUUGGUUGAAGUGCUCAGCUUCAAGACUUCACUUUGUUCCUCACAGCUUGGAGGGGUAUGAAGGCAAUUGGAAAAGUGCUUUGUGCUACAGGAGUUGUAGCUGGGCUCAUAGCUUUCUUCUGGAAAGACGACUUUAACCCAGAGAGCCUGUCUGGUGCCCGUGUUCUCGUGACUGGAGCCAGUGCUGGGAUUGGAGAGCAGAUAGCAUAUCACUAUGCCAGAUUUGGUGCUGAGAUUGUGUUGACUGCCAGGAGGGAAGCUGUGCUGCAGAAGGUGAUGGAGAAAUGCCUGACACUCGGAGCAAAGAAAACAUUUUACAUCCCUGCAGAUAUGUCUUCCCCUUCAGAGCCUGAAAGGGUGGUGCAGUUUGCUGUCCAAAAGCUGGGGGGCCUGGAUUACCUGGUGCUGAACCACAUCGGCACCAACCGCUUCCAGGAGUGGGCUGGGGAUGUGGAGUACACGCGCUGGCUGCUGCAGGUGAAUUUUUUGAGUUAUGUGGCUCUUGCAACAGCAGCUCUUCCCACCCUGGAGAAGAACAGAGGUGCUCUGGUGGUUGUUUCAUCCCUCACAGGGAAAUUGCCCACUCCCUUCACCACUUCUUACUCUGCCACCAAGUUUGCCCUGGAUGGAUUCUUCAGCUCGCUGCGCCACGAGCUCAUCAUGCGGAGCAGAGAUGUGUCAGUCACCCUGUGCAUCCUGGGCCUGAUUGACACCGAGUCAGCACUGGAGUACACCAGGGGCAAAGUGCUGCUCAGCGCCUCCCCCGCUCCCGAGGCCGCGCUCGCCAUCGUCCGGGGCGGAGCCGCUCGGGCACCCGAGAUUUUCUACCCGCGGUGGCUGCGGCCGCUCUGCUGCCUCUGGGCUCUGUUCCCCAGCAGCGGGAACCAGGUGCUGCGGACUUUCUAUAACUACAGCAGCCCCUGAGGGGUGCCCAGUCUCGUCCUACAGCCCUGUAAUCCCAUUCCUGCCAUCCCACUAAGCACUGCUGUCAAUCAGGAGCAGGGCAGCAGCGCUGGCAAAAUCCCAUUUUCCUAACGUGACUCGUGGUCUCUCAUCCUGCUUCAACCAUGGUUCUGCUGCUGCUACCCAUCAGUCAGAGAUUUCUCCCAACUCUGCCUCAGCCUUCCUCCCAUCUCCCUCCUCCUUCAGCCUCACCUGUGUGCUCUGACUGCAUCCAGCCCCAGUUUAACCCCUGUGUGUCUGCACAGGAUGUCCUGGAAUGGCUGCACGUCCUCCUCCACUUCAUUUUGGAUCCCAUGAACCCUCUUGCUUCCUCUAAGUAGAAUUUUUAUCUCUAUUUUAAUUAAACAAGUUUUUAAUGUC